AUGGCCGACGUUGUGCCAAGGGCGGCCCAAGUAACAGGGGAAACCCAAGGCACCGGCGCCACCAUGCUGUUGGACCCAGUCUACCUGUUCAAAGGGAAGCUUCGAGCUGCUGCCACCCGUGGCAAGUUCCACGAUGCCUCUGAUCUGCGUUGGUUGGAGAACAAUUACCUUUCUAGACUCCAGGAGAACAGAGGCCAGUUAAGUCUCCUCUAUGUUGGCUUAGCAUUGAAGCGCUAUCCUGAGCUCCAGCACUGCUUCACGCGCAUCGGCAUCAACUACAGCUAUCCGGUGUAUGAGGCUCUAUUUGAUGACCCAGCGCCCUCCGAAAUGAGGCGGCAGCCACCGAAAAAACGUAAAAUUCCCAACUUGGACACGGUUUUGGUAGAGAUUUUUAUGGCCAACCUCGCGUCUAAUAUUGAAAUCAUGGGUGGUGGAAAGAGGCGGAGGAGUUGGAGGUCUACAUGUUUGAUUGCUGAGUCGAAGCCAAGCCAAGCCAAGCCCCAGCACCCUUCCCGAGGGGUCUUCUGCGUCCCACCAAUUUAG